UGUCUGCUACAUUCUCACGUAACGCUACCGACCGCAUCUCUGCUCACGUCUCGGACAAUUUUACGGCCGGUCUCCAAGGAAUGUCUCCCAAUUCAAUGAACAAGGAACAUCACCCAAAGUAAUGAAUGCAGCUCAACGAAACAAGACUAGUUUUGCUGUACCUGCUACUACUCUCUGCCUUGUGGCUGCAUGGAUGUCCAGGGAACUUCCAUAGAACUCCACAGUCUCCACUCACCAGAAAGUGUUGUACACUUCCUGAGUUCACACUCCAGAGCUGCCACUUCCCAUAAAAUUUUGGAAAGAGUAAUACAGAAGUCUGGACCUUGUAUGCAGUGCGGAGAUGGCGCCUCGACCAAAGAAAAAGCUGGAAUUCUUCAAUAAAGGUCGCCCACCGCUGCUGCUUGUUUCUAGUGACGAAUCUCUUAUUUGUGAUGCUUUGGGUAAACAAGGCAAAAACAACACAAACAGCAUCCACAAGCAGCAAGAGUUUGUCACUCAGGAGAAUACAUCAGUAGGGGAAGAGCCUUCAUCCAGUCUUCUUCAGUUGUCCAGGAGGGGUGCAAGAUCACUAAACUCAAUAGUUCUUCCUAAUGAAACCAGUAACGAGAGUAUACCUGCUUCUACAGAUUCGCGUGGUAAACAUGAAAACCUCUUGCAUGAGCAGAAUUCUAAUGUACGAACUCCGUCAUUUCGUCAUUUAUCUUCCAAUUCCAAAAGAAAAUUAGGAGAUGAUGCUGCUCCUACUUUGAAAAUCUCUACAGCUCGUGAGAAUAGUUCUUCUCCGGAUUCAGACGACAUAGAAAUUAUCGAGGAAUACGUUAACCGACGUUACUAUCCUCGAAUCAGGCGCCCAAGAACUGUUGCUCAUACUAAGCACCCGGUUAACAAUUCGCCGAUGCCAAACCCUAAACAUAUGUCAGUUUUGCCAAAUCAUCAUGAUUUACGCGGGACUUCAUUUACAAAAACUAGAUACGCCUUCUAUGAUACAGACCAGGAAAUCUCUUCUUCAAGCAUCAAUGGAGAAAGAAUCAGCAACGGACCCACACGAUCACUUAGGUCUGCUGCUCUAGAUCAUCACUCUUUCAUGCGUCAGCCACCUUACGAUGGCCGUCGUGCAGUCUCUUAUCAAGCUCGCGAUCUCCCUGGCUCGUAUCCUCGUCCAGUUAUUGCUAGUGAUUGUUUUACUACCGAUCAGUAUCCCAGAUCUAUGUACUAUUCUUCGCAAGUACAUUCCCAUGAACAUAUGACCAAUGUCAACCACUCACCUGAUACCCGAGCAAACUUUAUUGUGCCAAUAAAUUACAGUGAGCAUCCUCUGAACCGGCUACAUAAUCAGACGUACUUUAAACCGCGCGUGCACUACAAUGAAGAUAGACGUCCUGAUGUACCUCAAGAGUCUCCGCUCCCACAGACGCACUAUAACGAUAGUACACGUUUCGAAGCACCCCGUGAACCUGUACUCCCUCACUACAACAAUGGCACACGUUUAGAAGUACCUCUUGUAGCUCCGCUCCCUAAAUCAAAUCCUUACAUGAACCGUAAUGAUGGUGCACGUCUCGAUCAAACUUCUAGAGUCCCUUUCCCUAUUGCUCCUGAUCCCAAAAUCUAUAUUAAUUCCAGCAAUACCCACAGACCUAAUCUUGUAACAAAAUCAGCUGAGCCCCCGAAGCGACUGCAAGAAAUUCACAUCAGCCACAAAUCUGCAUUUGUGCCUGUAGCGCAAAACUCUCGUGCCAUGGACUUGCAACCGCCUCAAGCCCCAGACGUGCCUCUACAGUCCAGCAUUCGGCGUGAGGAACGUACGAUCAAACCAAGCAUGUGUCUUCCUGAAGCCUCGAACUCUUUCUGUUCCAGCCCACAAGAAGCAGAUCAAUCUGCAACCGAAAAGAAGCGCUACCAGACAUGUCGCUUGUGCCACAAUCAUGGUGUUGUCACGCCCAUAAGAGGUCAUAAAUACGUGUGUCCCUAUAUCAAAUGCACCUGCACGAAUUGUAAGGUUACUUUUAAACGAAGGCAUUUUGUUAAAGAACAACUCAAAAUCACGCGACGUCAGAACACUUACUGGCAAAACGGGCAAGAUGCGACAGAUGACCCGGCACCUGGCCCCGUGAAAUUACCAAGCGUCAAGAUGAAUCCGUUCCCACAAGAGAAUGUCAUGAUAAAGGACUUGGCUCUCUUCGAUGACCUGGAGCUCUUUGAAGGAAUUGAUUCUAUUUGCAGACCUCAAGCGAGAGCAAAUCAGUCUUGAAAACUUAAUAGUGCACUCGUUAUUAUUUGGGUCGGUUAUCCAGGGGCGUAUUCAGCCCGUGUACUGUGACAUAACCUAUAUAAAAAGGAAUCGUAGGGUAAUGGUAAUUGUUACUCAAUUUUCUGCUUAGAGUCCAGUGUAUGCGUUACAUGGAAAGGAACGCAUACACUGGAAAGGAACGCAUAUUGUUAAAUUUUAUUGAAACUGUGCCUACACUCAUAUUAGACUCGUUGCUCAAUUUGAUUAAUGAUAUAUCUCCUCGACACACCGGCCAUCUAGUCGAGGUUGCCUUUAGUUUGUAUAUAAAAAAUAUGGACUCUGAGAUUUGCGAGAAUUCACCGUCUCACAGAAACUAAAGCAAAUAUGACCAUGAAAUUUACACUAUCUAGAACUUGUACUGGCGAACCACCAUUUUACUUACAUAAACUUCUGAGAAUCACCACGAGUGAACCUUACUUAUAUACACACUGAAUUGAAAUACUGGAAAAUUUCAACGACUAUUUCUCUUUUGAAAUAAUUCAGAUUUAACUACUUUGUCAAUGAAGUUAAUGCAUGUGUAAAAAUCAUUGACAUCUGCAGGAGCCCGCCUAAUAUUCUUCCGCAAUUGAAUGGCUUUCAGGAUAAAUAAAGAAUUCUGUUGCUGUACGGUCGAUGAUGUGAAAUUCGCCUCUUGAAGCUCCCGCUUAUAAUGAUAAUGAAAUUACAAAUGGAUCUUAAUCGUUUCGUAAAGUAAGAUAGAAAUAAUUUUGACGGAAAUGGAAACCUGAAAUACAAUUGAAUUGCUGGCUUUAUCUUACUAUGAAGCUUUUUUCCGAUUCUAUCCAUCCAAUUUAUCAUUUGCAUUGCAGUGCGGCAAAUUUUGUGUAGUUGAGAGUAUGCAGCUUAAAGGGUAGAAGGAUCGGAUGUACCGCUCCAAAAGGCCGUGUCGCUAAGACGCGAUCUAUCAUCAAUUCGUUUUUAAAUACAUUUUUCUCAUGUUUGCAGGUAUAACAAAUAAUGUCCAUUUAAAUUUCAAUUGUUUUAUCUUUGCUUUGCAUCCCUUAGUCGUGCUUCUUACUGUGGUUGCCUUAAAUUUGGACUUCUCUUUGGACAAACCUCUUAUGUUCCGCGCUGAGAUUAACUUUUAAAUAUUUUCUCUUAUAUAUUUAUGAAUUGUUUAUUUCUGUAACUUAUAUCAAGUUUUGACUUCACAUUUUUUUUAAUAUUAUCGAGAUGAAUUUUGAAAUACGUUGCUGCAUUUCUUAUGCUGCAAUUAAGCUGUAAUUUUAGAUCGCUUUAACCUCAUUUUUUCCAAAAGCUCCUUCACUGCCAAAGACCAUCGCAGCCUUAGGUAACAAAAUAUUAGUGAUGUGAAAAUAUAACUCUAAUUUAGUUGUUUAGUCUACGCACUUAUGUAUGUUGAUUUGGACCAUUUUUUGAGUCUCCAAUUGCGUUUUAUGUAGGUAUAUCUUUUCAUCUAAUUUAAACGUAAUAAAGCGAUUUGAAAUCUUUAGACCCCAGAAUAAACUUGUGAUGACAACGGACUUGAAUUUAAACGUUCAACCUCUGGUCAUGAUCUGAGAACUUGGUAACAGAAGUGCAAUAUUCUCUUAGCGUUGUCUGAGGAGGUUUGCUGUAGCCGUUCUGGUAUAAGAAGCAUGUUCGUUAUUACUGUGUGUUCGCUUCUCUUGUAUUGCGGUGUGUUCAUAUUAUUUUUCGGUUUUUAAAUAUAAUCAAUCUUAAGGUUUGAAUAUCAACUUUAUUACUAGUUUUUAAAGUGUCUUGACACAUCAUAUGAAUUAAUACAACGUUUGUUCUUGAGAAUUGAUUUCGCAGGUUUGAUCGAUUGAAAUUAACUUGUACGAGCCGUGCUGUGACUUGUGUUGUAUAUUUUUGCAAGAAUAUAUUUGUCGUUCACGCGGUGUUAAGCGUCUCUGAUGAGUUAGUUUAUUCAUGCUCUUAGUUGGCUUCUCAUAUUAAUAUUUAUCUGGUAUAUAUAUUCGUGUACUCUUAUGAUCACCGGAGCUUUAAUUCUACGCUGAAUUUAACCGUUAUUAUGCCGUUAAUUUAUGAACUUAAAAAGCCGUAUUUACGUUAUUUUACGUAGCAGGUUCGAAGUUGAUUGCUCAAUUUCCCCAGCAGUAAUAUUUCAUUAUUGGUGCCGUCCUUCGUAUGGACGUAACUAUGCAGUUCAUCUCACGUGCUGAAAAUGUUGACCUCAUGACACAAGGCAAGCUCUUUUGUCUACUGAUACAUUACGCGUCGUUAAUGCUGUUCAUGCCUAUAGGUCUAGUAACUAGAGUUACAGUCAGUGGACUCACGGCUCAACCCAACAAUGGUCGCGCGCAAAAACUGACCAGAUUAGUUGUCUUUUCGUUUAAUUCGAAUUUCUUGUGCGAUCAUUGUAGGGGUUAACUACUCGUCCUAGCGUUUACGCAGCAACACUUCAAGGUGCAUCCUUCCACUUGUUACAUAGGGCAUGUAAAUUUACUUUAAUCUGUUACCUCGAAGUCAUGAAAUUGUUUAUUAGACAUAAUGUUAAGUGGUGUUUUUGUACCGUUUGUUGAUCAAGGAUCUAAAUUGCAUUAAUCAUAGUACCAAAUUUUGCGGUUUUACUGUAGGAAUCCACUUUUCUCAUAUUUUAUCCGGAUUAAGUUUGUUGAUAUAUAAUAUGACGGUUUAUUAAAAAAUCAGUUAGCA